GUAUCAAAAUCAUUGACAGCCCGCCAUUUGCGUAGACGACACGCGCUGUCAAAAUUCACUUGUAGCUUUUUUUUUUAUUUCUGAACAAAAGUUGUUCGCUGUUCUGCCUUGUAAUAUCACCAGUAAUUAUUUAAGAAAAUUCAACAUGACUCUUCGCCUGCACAUAUUUCUUAUCCAAAUCUUGUGCCUUGUAGCAGUUUUAAAUGCAAAAACCAUCCAUGGAAUACCCGGCUACGGCAGAAAUCUCGUAGUAAAAUCAUUGCCAGCUAUUGAAGACUUGCAAAGUAAUGUGUAUGAAGUUUUCAUGGAACCAUUUUUAUAUGGACCUAGAGCAGCUCCUGGUUUACAAGCUGUAGUAUAUCUGCAAGACGACGUGGAGUCUGGCGUUAGUGGCGAGCUGGUCUUCACGCAGGUGGCGCCCAACGGCCCUGUUUCAAUACAGGGCAACAUCACCGGAUUGUCUGCCGGCCUGCACGGUGUACACGUGCACCAGAGUGGAGAUAUUGAUGCAGAUUGCAAGAAAAUCGGACCACAUUACAUCGCUUACUAUGGUCGUCACGGCGGUCCAAGGGACCCAAUCCGUCACGUGGGCGACCUGGGAAACGUUAAAGCUGAAGAGGGAGAGACAUUACACGUAAAGAUCAUCGAUGAACUGAUUUCUCUGGCCGGUCCGCGGUCCAUUGUCGGUAGAUCGUUAGCUAUAACCAAGGGAGAGGACGACUACGGCAGGGCAGGGACUGAAGAGAGCGCUUUAACUGGUACUUCAGGACCUGUAAUUGCAUGCGGUGUUAUUGGUUACUUACAUUAGUAAUGUUUAUGUAUUUUUUUAUACUUACACUCAUAGGGUUUAAGUCUCAUUUUACAGUAGUUUUUAAACAUAAAAAAUCAGCAAACAAAAAUUGUGAACUAAGUUGUACAUCCACUUUUUCCCUAUACGUUUUAAAUAUUGUAGAGUAGACCAAUAUCAAUAGAACUUUGUAUAAUAAUUAUAUUGUAAGGAACUAGUGUUUUAUUAAGGUUU